AUGGGUGUCCUUCAGGUCGCGGCGAACCACCCGCUCGUCCACCAGUUCCAGGCCCAGAGCGUCGUCGCCCAGUCCGCCAUUCUCUUCUUUGGCUUCAUCGGCCUGUCCGUCGUCCUCAAUGUCGCCAGCCAGAUCCUCUUCAAGAACAAGAAUGAGCCCCCCAUGGUCUUCCACUGGUUCCCCUUUAUCGGCAGCACCAUCACCUACGGCAUGGACCCUCCCACCUUUUUCCACCUCAAUCGCCAAAAGUAUGGCGACGUCUUUACCUUUAUCCUGCUCGGCAAGAAGACGACCGUCGCAGUCGGCCCCGCGGGCAACGAAUUUAUUCUCAACGGCAAGCUCAAGGACGUCAAUGCCGAAGAGAUCUACACCGUCUUGACGACUCCCGUCUUUGGCCGCGACGUUGUCUAUGAUUGCCCCAACGCAAAGCUCAUGGAGCAGAAGAAGUUCAUGAAGAUUGCUCUCACCACCGAAGCGUUCAAGUCCUACGUCCCGAUCAUCUCCCACGAGGUUACCUCCUACUACAAGCGCGACUCUGGCUUCAAGGGUGCCACCGGUAUUGUCGACGUGCCCCUGAAGAUGGCCGAGAUUACCAUCUUUACCGCCUCUCACGCUCUUCAGGGCAGUGCCAUCCGUCGCAAGUUUGACGAGUCUCUGGCCGCUCUCUACCACGACCUCGACAUGGGCUUCACCCCCAUCAACUUUAUGCUUCACUGGGCCCCUCUUCCCUGGAAUCGUCGCCGUGACCACGCUCAGCGCACCGUCGCCAAGAUUUACAUGGACACCAUCCACGAGCGCCGCGCCAACGCCGAUGACCACGAGCUUGACAUCAUGAAGCACCUUAUGAACUCGACCUACAAGAACGGCACCCCCGUCCCCGACCACGAGGUCGCCCACAUGAUGAUUGCUCUCCUCAUGGCUGGCCAGCACUCUUCUUCGUCAACUAGCUCAUGGAUCAUGCUCCGUCUGGCUCAGAACCCUCAGAUCAUGGAUGCGCUCUACGAGGAGCAGGUCAAGGCUCUCGGCGCCGACCUCCCCGAUCUCCAGUACGAGGAUCUCGCCAAGCUGCCGCUCAACCAGGCCAUCAUCAAGGAGACUCUCCGUCUGCACGCCCCCAUCCACUCCAUCAUGCGCGCCGUCAAGCAGCCCCUGCCUGUUCCCGGCACCAAGUACGUCAUUCCGACCUCGCACGUUCUCCUCGCCGCUCCCGGCGUCAGCGCCAGCGAUCCUUCAUUCUUCCCCAACCCCGAUGAGUGGGACCCUUACCGUUGGCUCCCUGGCUCGUCCAACGCCCCGAUCAUUGCCCGCAGCGACGAGGAGGAGGAAAAGGUCGACUACGGCUACGGCAUCGUCAGCAAGGGUGCGGCUUCGCCCUACCUGCCCUUUGGUGCUGGUCGCCACCGCUGCAUCGGCGAGCAGUUUGCCAACGUGCAGCUGCAGACCAUUGUCGCCGAGACUGUCAGAUCCUUCAAGUUUGCCAAUGUCGACGGCAGCGACAAGAUUAUCGGCACCGACUACGCCUCGCUCUUCUCUCGUCCUCUGGAGCCUGCCAAGAUUCGAUGGACGCGCAGAGAUUAA